GGCAGCGGCGGCGGCAGCGGCACUGGCAGCGGCGGCGGCGGCUUCUUCCAGAGUCCCGCCGCGAAGAUGCUCAAAGUCACGGUGCCCUCCUGCUCCGCCUCGUCCUGCUCCUCGGUCACCGCCAGCGCGGCCCCAGGGUCGGGAAGCCUCGUCCCAGAUUACUGGAUCGACGGCUCCAACAGGGACGCUCUGAGCGAUUUCUUCGAGGUGGAGUCGGAGCUGGGACGGGGUGCUACAUCCAUUGUGUACAGAUGCAAACAGAAGGGGACCCAGAAGCCUUAUGCUCUCAAAGUGUUAAAGAAAACAGUGGACAAAAAAAUUGUAAGAACUGAGAUAGGAGUUCUUCUUCGCCUCUCACAUCCAAACAUUAUAAAACUUAAAGAGAUAUUUGAAACCCCUACAGAAAUCAGUCUGGUUCUAGAACUCGUCACAGGAGGAGAGCUGUUUGACAGGAUUGUGGAAAAGGGGUAUUACAGCGAGCGAGAUGCUGCAGAUGCUGUUAAACAAAUCCUGGAGGCAGUUGCUUACCUACAUGAAAAUGGGAUCGUCCAUCGUGAUCUUAAACCAGAGAAUCUCCUCUAUGCAACUCCAGCCCCAGAUGCACCACUCAAAAUUGCUGAUUUUGGACUCUCUAAAAUUGUGGAACAUCAAGUGCUCAUGAAGACAGUAUGUGGAACCCCAGGGUACUGCGCUCCCGAAAUUCUCAGAGGCUGUGCCUAUGGACCUGAGGUAGACAUGUGGUCUGUAGGAAUAAUCACCUACAUCCUACUUUGUGGAUUUGAACCAUUUUAUGAUGAAAGAGGAGAUCAGUUCAUGUUCAGGAGAAUUCUGAAUUGUGAAUAUUACUUUAUCUCCCCCUGGUGGGAUGAAGUAUCUCUAAAUGCCAAGGACUUGGUCAGAAAAUUAAUUGUUUUGGAUCCUAAGAAACGGCUGACUACCUUUCAAGCUCUCCAGCACCCGUGGGUCACAGGAAAAGCAGCCAAUUUUGUACACAUGGAUACCGCACAAAAGAAGCUCCAAGAAUUCAAUGCCCGCCGCAAGCUUAAGGCAGCAGUGAAGGCGGUGGUGGCCUCUUCCCGGCUGGGAAGUGCCAGCAGUCAUGGCAACAUCCAGGAGGGCCACAAGGCCAGCCGAGACCCAUCCCCCAUCGAAGAUGGCAACCAGGACAUCAAAGCUAUUCCAGAAGAAGAGAAAGUUUCAGGAGAUGGGGCCCAAGUGUCAUUUGAGGGGGCACAGGCUGAGCUGAUGAGGGAGCAGGCCUUAGGGGAAGUUAAGGAUGUAGAUAUAAAUGCUGCCGAGGCCACCAAGAUGGUGCCAGAAGCACCGGAUGAUGGGAUAGAGGUGGCUGAGCCAGAAAUAGAAGAAGGCCUAAUAGAGGAAAAGCUGAAGACUGUGGAGGAAGCAGCAGACCCUAAAGAAGGGCAAGAAAACCCUGAUCUGGGACUUGGGGCUCAACAGUAUGAUGUGAACCUGCCAGAGUACUAAUCCAGCUUCCUUCAGAUCUGGAAGCCAAACCCUGGCAUUUUAUGCACUUUGUCCUUCAGCAAGGAAGAUGUGGAAGCAUGAUAUUCACUAUAGUGAUUCUGUUUUUGAGGUGCAAAAAAAAAAAAAAAAAAAUACAUAUAUAUCAGUUGGUAAUCCUAGCUUCAAUGCAUGUGACUGCUUUAUGAAAAUAAUAGUGUCUUCUAUGGCAUGUAAUGGAUAACUAAUACUGAUGAGUUAAAUUUGGAAUUGCAAGUAAACACAUCACCACUUUUAAACACUGAGACAUUUUCAAAGACCAGUGGCACACAUUUGAACUAAAUAAUAACCAAUUUUUUUGCUUUGAAAACCUAGCCAUCCUAUAUCCUCUGGAUUUCUUCACAAGGCAGUAAGGCAGUAAUUCUUUUGGACUACUGCUUAGCUAAUACCAGGUAGUAUUACAUCAUACAAGAUGUGUUCCCGUGACAUUCUCAACAUUUUCCUUUUCAUCAUUAUUGUAUCCAAACCGUUUACAAGGAGAUGAUUAUAGGUUAUAGUUGUACCAUGCAGCAAAAACCAUCUCACGCAUAGGUAAGACAUUGAACCAUGUUUUUAAGGACUGUGAAACUAUAUACCCCUAAAGCUUGUGUGGAGAAUGCCUUAUUAGUUUAAAAAAUGGAGCCCUGUUGGCUCAGUGGUUAAGUGCUACGGUUGCUAACCAAAGGGCCAGCAGUCCAAAUCCACCAGCCGCUCCUUGGAAACCCUAUUGGGCAGUUCUACUCAGUCCAGUGGGGUCGCUAUGAGUCGGAAUCAACUCGACGGCAAUAGGUUUGGGUUUUUUUUUAUAUUAAUAAUAACCAAAAAUGUUCUUUCAUAAAAUUUUGCCAUUUUACAAUGUUGGAGAAAGUAUUUACAAACUCAUGUUGAGGAACAUAGUCUUCCUUUUACCUCUCUCUAAUCUGAUGAAAAAAAACUCAGGUGGGGGGAAAGACAGUGAGGGAAGAAAAAGAAGAUUAGGACUUAGUCUACGGAAGAAAGAUUGACUUCUUAUCAUUUUUGAGAUAAACUUAUAUUUAUUCAUGAGCUUGUACAACUUUAUAAAUAGGAACAUUUUUAUGGAUAAAUUCUAUAAUGAGCAAGUUUCAAAUAUUUUACAAAGAUAUGUUCCAUAGGCUGGUGCCAAAAUGUCUGAAUAGAGUAGGAAUAACAUUCCGUUAUACAGUAAUUAUUGUCUUUGCUAGAGUAAGAACUACAUUUUUGCUUACAAAAGCCUUUUCUUCCUUUGACUGUUGUUGUUAGGUGCCAUCGAGUCAGUUCCAACGCAUAGCAACCCUAUGCACAACAGAACAAAACACUGCCCAGUCUGUGCCAUCCUCACACUUGUUGCUAUGCUUGACCCCAUUGUUGCAGCCACUGUGUCAGUCCAUCUCAUUGAGGGUUUUCCUCUUUUUCGCUGACCCUCAACUCUACCAAAUGUGAUGUCCUUCUCCAGGGAUUGAUCCCUCCUGACAUGUGCAAAGUAUGUGAGAUGCAGUCUUGCCAUCCUUGCUUCCAAGGAGAAAUCUGGUUGUACUUCUUUCAAAACAGAUUUGUUCAUUCUUUUGGCAGUCCAUGGUAUAUUCAAUAUUCUCCGACACCACAGUUCAAAGGCAUUAUUUGUCUUCGGUCUUCCUUAUUCAUUGUCCAGCUUUCAUGUCCAUAUGAGGUGACUGAAAACAUCAUGUGUUGGGUCAGGUGCACCUUAGUCCUCAAGGUGACAUCUUUGCUUUUUAACACUUUGAAGAGAUCUCUCGCAGCCAAUUUGGCCAACGCAAUGCGUCUUUUGAUUUCUUGACUGCUGCUUUCUUGGGUGUUGAUUGUGGAUCCAAGUAAAAUGAAAUCCUUGACAACCUCAAUCUUUCCUUCAUUCAUUAUGAUGUUGCUUAUUGGUCCAGUUGUGAGAAUUUUUUUCAUUAUAUUGAGGUGUAGUAAGUGCUUCAAGUCCUCUUCACUUUCAGCAACCAUAGUUGUGUCAUCUGCAUAACACAAAUUGUUAACGAGUCUUCCUCCAAUCCUGAUGCCCUGUUCUUCUUCAUAUAGUCACAACUAUCAUAUUGAUUGAUGGUUAUCUAGAUAUACUACAUAUAAUUUCUGAAAAGCUAGUGUAUCUUUUAUUCAUACUUGAAAUAGAAGUGCCCAUAUUUUACAGUAUAGUUUUUAAAAUUUCCAUGUCAAGAAAUUUAGAACAAUGCAACUUCUUAUUUAUUGUAAAAAAACAACAAAACCACUGAUUUCAAAUCAGACUCUUGAGAAGCUGGAACACCAGACCUAAUAUUUUUAGAAUAUUUUUUAGAAUAAAUCUAACUUUCCUUUGAUUUAAAUAUCAACCCUUUUCACUUACAAAAAUCACACCAAUCCCAAGUGUCCCAGAUUUAUUUCUAGUUUGAGUUGAAAUGGACAUUUUAUCAAAUUUAUUAUGUAUCACAUUUUUUAUAAAUUUCCUUAAUGUAAAAAAAAAAUGAUUGCUUUUAAAGACUAAAAUGAUAAAAAAAUGAUAGACAUUGAAAAUGACCAUCACAUAAAAAUCCUCAUCAAAAAGACAUCUUAAAAUUUUUUGGCUGUUCCUCAAAACUAUUAAAUUGGGAAAUGAAAUUCAGUCUCUGGUUUCUGGCUAUGAGAACUCGAUACACAUUUUAGACAUUUUGCUUUACAAGCACAAAUCUUCCUUUACUGCUAUCCUUUUGGGAAGAAAACACAGUAGGACUUAUCUACCAUGUUUUAGGGGCCUGCCAGGUCACAGACAUGGAGGGUCAGGGUCCCGAAGAGGCCCAUCAUCUAAGCUCAGAACAGGAUCAUUUUUUGUUUUGUUUUAUCUUUUCUUAACUAGUAGAGAGUACUUAUCCUCUUCUCUCUUCCUUCCUACUUUCCUUCAUUAUUCCCUCUAGGAAUUCUCAAUUUUACUAUUAAAAAAGCGUUUGCUAUUUUUAACCUUUAAAAAUGCCUUCAUCACUGAGCAUUAAUAUUUCCCCUUUAAAAAAUCAAGGAAAAUAGAUAUCUUCUGAAAAACCUAUUUCCUGGUGUACUUUUUCCAGUGAGACUUAAUAGAUACAGUAAAACCUGUGAAAGCUGGGACCUGUAUAAGAUGGAAACCUGUCAGAUAAAGAAAAUGCAAAUAUUUUCCACUAAUAGAGAGUAAUCGACUUGACAGCACUGGGUUUUUUGUUUUAAUAGAAAGUAAUAGAAAAAUGUUAAGACUGCACCGUAUCAAAGGGGGUAACUCGCGAUACCCCAAAAAACAAGGUAGUUGCACUGAAUUCUGGCUCUCAGUGCAAACCAAACAAAACCCGUUGCCAUCGAGUUGGUUCCAACUCAUAGUGACCCUAUAGGACAGAGUAGAACUGCCCCAUACGGCUUCCAAGGAGCGGCUGGUGGAUUUGAACUGCUGACCUUUUGGUUAGCAGCGUAGCUCUUAACCAUAUCAAAGGAGGAAAGAAGAGAGCGAAAGGGACCUUGUUAUUAAGUGUCAAUUAGGUGGAAGAUGAGAACACAUCAUCUCUCCCAGUCUACCCCAAGAUUGUUCCAAGGGCGGUUGUUAAUCUCAUUCCAAGACUGCAUUGGUUGGAUUAUAAAAACAGCAAUGCAAACAUCAGAGCCAAGGUGUGUUGUAGAAUUUACCCAUUUAAGUGAUUGUACAUGCCCAUUCUUUGAUGAGUAUUCAUGGGUGUGAGGGUAAUUCCCUCCGGCUUGUUUAACCCAUAAAUUGCAUUCUCUAAAAAUCAAUUGGAGAUUUGAAUUUCAAAUCAUAUUUGAAGUCCUGAUAAUGCCUAAAUAGUAACUUAGGCAAUUCAUUGGGGGGGGGGAGUCCAAACUGAUUCACAAAAAUUAGUUAUUUGAAUUU